AUGUCAGAGCAGAACUCUCCAGUUCAAGCCGAUAGCCUUCCCCAGCAGGGUAGAAACACAAGCCCGAGCCAUCCUGCCAACCCAGUGUUGCUUAUGACCCAAACAGAUUCCCGGGACAAGUGGAGCAAAAAAAUGGAUUUCCUUUUGUCAGUGAUUGGAUUUGCUGUAGAUUUGGGCAACGUCUGGAGAUUCCCUUAUAUCUGUUAUCAGAACGGAGGGGGAGCCUUUCUUAUUCCUUACACGCUGAUGGCCAUCUUUGGAGGGGUGCCUCUCUUCUACAUGGAGUUGGCCCUAGGACAGUUUCAUAGGACAGGAGCUAUCUCCAUCUGGAAACACAUCUGUCCCAUCUUUAAAGGCAUUGGCUUUGCUAUUUGCAUCAUUGCCCUGUACGUCUCCUUCUACUACAACACCAUCAUCGCCUGGGCCCUGUACUAUUUCUACUCCUCCUUUACUGGCACCCUGCCCUGGACAAGCUGCGACAAUGCCUGGAACACCCCCAACUGCACCAACUACUUUGGAAAGAGCAACGUGACCUGGACCAGCUUCUCCAAGUCGCCGGCGGAAGAGUUUUAUACGAGGAAAGUCCUCGAGAUUCAGAAAUCCGGUGGCCUGAACGACGUAGGCGGGAUCCGCUGGCAGCUUGUCCUCUGCCUUUUUCUCAUCUUCACGAUUGUUUACUUCAGCCUGUGGAAAGGAGUGAAAACCUCAGGGAAGGUGGUGUGGGUGACAGCUACACUGCCUUACAUCGUCCUCCUCAUACUGCUGGUUCGGGGAGCAACUCUGCCAGGGGCUUGGAGAGGGAUUGUCUUCUAUCUCAGACCUGACUGGGAGAAGCUCACAAGCACUGCUGUUUGGGUGGAUGCUGCUGCCCAGAUCUUUUUCUCCUUGGGGCCUGGUUUCGGGGUUCUUCUUGCUCUCGCCAGUUACAACCAUUUCAACAACAACUGUUACCGAGACGCCCUUGUUACCAGCGCGGUGAAUUGUCUGACCAGCUUCCUGUCAGGGUUUGUCAUUUUCACAGUGCUGGGCUACAUGGCUGAAAUGAGAGACGUGGAGGUGGAAGAUGUAGCAAAAGACAAAGGUCCAAGUCUCCUUUUCAUCACCUAUCCUGAGGCUAUUGCAAAUAUGGUGGGCUCUACCUUCUUUGCCAUCAUAUUCUUCCUCAUGAUGAUCACUCUGGGGUUGGACAGCACAUUUGGAGGCCUGGAGGCUGUCAUCACGGCAGUAAUGGAUGAGUACCCUCACAUCCUAGCAAAGCGAAGGGAGCUCUUUGUUCUUGGCCUCAUCACCAUAUGCUUUUUGGGCUCUCUCACCACCCUUACACAUGGUGGGGCAUAUGUUGUCAAACUCCUGGAGGAGUUUGGUGCUGGCUGGGUGUUAUUGGAAGCAAUAGCUGUGUCGUGGUUUUAUGGAAUUCAGAGGUUCUGUAAUGAUGUCAAAUCCAUGCUGGGUUUCACCCCAGGGAUUUUCUGGAAGGUCUGCUGGGUUGCCAUCAGCCCUGCCUUUUUAGCGUUUAUAAUAGUCAGCUCUCUCCUGGACCAGCCACCUCUCGUGCUGUUUGACUAUCACUACCCUGAGUGGAGUAUCUCCGUGGGGUACUUCAUAGGAGCGUCGUCCUUCAUCUGUAUCCCUUUCUACAUGGUGUACAAGCUGGUCUGGACUCCUGGAUCCUUUAAGCAGCGUCUAGCAGUGUGUGUUCGACCAGAGAAAGCAAUACGAGACCAGCAAGCGGAUUCAGUGUGUAUGUCAUCAGGGCCGUAGUCCCAUGAUGCACACACAAGGACAUGAGACUGCUGUUUGGCUUUACCGUGACUGACCAAACCAACUAAAGAGACAAGGAAGAGAAGAGCUGCUGUCACUGUUUAAAUUGCUCCCCUGCUUCUCUCCCUAAGAGUUGUACACACUGGCCAAAGCUCACUACACAGUUUGGAGCACAUAAUCCCCCUUCUGUGGGCCAGGUCCCCCUGCCAUAGCAGCAGUGCACUUC